ACAGGUUCUUCGUUCCGCGCGCCAAUCGUCGCAUCGCUUUUGGCGAUUGCGUUUCUCAAUUAGUGAUAUAAUAAUUCUCAUUGCAAUUAAUUUUUUUUUUUUUUUGGAAAUGGUUUAUUUGAAAAUACUAUUGGCAUUAAUUGCCAUAUUUUCAUCUGGGAUAGUCGACAGUGCAAGGCUCAAGCGUCAAACUGGUAUUUCACAAGAAAAUGGGGCAGUGAUCGAUAGUGUAUUUAAUAUACCAAUUACUGCCAUUAAACAAACUGCCGCGGCCGUUCAAGCUUUUUCACCAGAAAAUAGUGAAACCAUCGAUAAUGUCUUCAAGAUUCCCAUCACCACACUGCAGGCUGUGGAGAAAUUAGUGAAAAAUCGUAAUCCACAAAAGCGACAUGAUAUUCAUGAGGAGAAAUUAAAAAGACAAAAAUUAAAGAAGGAGAAAUUAUUGGAAAAACAGGAGCAAAUGAGAAUUCAAAAAUUGCAAAAAGAAGAAUUGAGGAAAAAAAAACUUCAAUUUCAAAAGGAGAAAUAUUAUCAUAAAAAGGAACAAUUGGGAUUGAAUAAUCAUUUGGUUGGUCAUUAUGGAAUUUCGGGAAGUCAUGGUCUUGGAAAUUUCGGUGGUCAUGGCACUCACGUGAGUCACAUUGGACAUAUCAGUCGACCCAUUCAUGGAAGUCAUGCUCAAGGCAACACUUACGAGGUUCACGAAAUAAUUGACGAACCACCAUUUGUCUGGCCCGGUUGGCCAGGAUCGACAUUUGUAAAAUUUGAAAAUAAAAUCGCCCCAAAGGACGAGGAGGAGAAAAAAGAGCAACCCGAAGAUGCCCCAUUGGAAAAUAAAAUAGCACCGAAAUAUGAGAAUAAAAUUCUCAAACCCGAAUCAAGAAUAAGUAGAAGAAGUAGUUUUCGAUUUGAAAGUGAUUUGCCCCCAAAAAAUUUCUUCCCUACUAAUUAAAUUUUUUUCUCAUUCUUUCUCAAAUGGGAUUUUUAUUUAUGAAUUAUACAUAAAAAUGACAACAAGAAAUUCUCUCUUGACAUUAAAAAUAAGUCUUCUUAUUUUUAUGUAUACAUUACGUAAUUUAAAAUUGUCUUUCAAUUUUUUAUUAAUUUCCGAAUUCAUUACAUAAUAAAAAAAAUUGUUUAAUGAAAAAAAAAAUUCAUUGAAAAAAUUUAUAGAAAAAAAAAAUUCAAUCA